AUAUACACAAAACGCACCAUGGAAAAAGUUCCAUCUCUUCAUAUAAGCAAACCUUCACCCAAAACCAGCUGGUUCAAUCGAGUUUACACACUCGUUUACCUAAUCGACAUUUUUUCACUCGUUUAUCGCCAUUGUUGUAACCUUAUGAUCUACCGAUCUCCUGCUUUCACAUGCCACACCAUUCUCCUACUCGUAGCCGAUAUUGUGUUAGCUUUAUUGUGGAUAACAAAGCAAGCUUUCUUCAUAAAUCCGGUUCGCCGCCAGGUUUUCCCUGAGAAUCUUUCACAAGUGGUGGCUAAGGAAAGCGAUUACCCAGGACUAGAUGUAUUUGUUUGCACCGCCGAUCCUUUCAAGGAGCCACCGAUUGGGGUACUUAACACGGUUUUGUCGGUUUUGGCAUACGAGUACCCGACAGAUAAGCUAUCGGUUUAUGUGUCGGAUGAUGGAGGGUCACAGUUGACAUUGUUUGCCUUCAUAGAGGCUGCUAAAUUUGCAAAACAUUGGUUACCAUUUUGCAAGAAGUACAACAUAAUGGAUAGGUCUCCUGAAGUUUAUUUUGGAAAUGAUUAUUCAUCUAAUUUGUUUCCAGAAACAAAUGAAAUCCAGAGCAUGCAGGGUAUGUACAAAAGCAUGAAAGCCAAGAUUCAAGGUGUGGUGGACCAAGUUCCUUUUGACCAACUCAUCAAGGAUGCGCCUUCUUCCAUCAAAGCUCAUUUCAACAAAUGGUCUCCUGAAUUUACACGUCAUCAACAUCGUACCAUCAUCCAGGUUCUACUUAAAAAUAACCAAGACAAAGAUGUUACGGGUAAUUAUAUGCCCAAUCUUAUCUAUUUGGCACGUGAGAAGAAUAUAGGCACCCCACACCAUUUUAAGGCAGGGGCCCUCAACACUUUGAUUCGAGUAUCAAAUGUGCUGACCAAUGCACCUAUAUUCCUUGUCUUGGAUUGUGACAUGUACUCCAAUGAUCCGAAAACACCACUCCGCACAUUAUGUUAUUUCAUGGACCCUGGCAUGGAUCCAAAGCUUGCAUUUGUUCAGUUUCCUCAGCGCUUCCAUAACAUCAACAGAUACGACACAUAUGGUGCUGAACUUGACCCAGAGAUGCGGAUAUGCACCGAAGGAAUGGAUGGUUUGGGUGGCACGAUGUUCAUGGGCAGUGGCGGCUUCUUUAGAAGACAAGCCCUCCUCGAGAAACCUACAGACCAAUGUGGGAUACGGGAUGAAACAAAUGAACCUGGUGAUGUUUUAGCAUUAGCACACCGUGUUGCAAGUUGUAUGUACGAGGUCAAUACUAAAUGGGGUUCAGAGAUUGGAUUUAGGUAUGGUGUAUUGACAGAGGAUAUCUACACGGGGUUUCAUUUGCAAUGCUUAGGAUGGAAGUCUGUAAUAUGUAACCCAACGCGAGCCGCUUUUCUAGGCCAUAUGCCAAUAGCACUUAAAGACUUUCUAAGUCAAUCAAAUAGGUGGUAUUUAGGCUUGCUACAAGCAGGAUUGUCAAAAUAUAGCCCGUUAACAUAUGGAUUCAAGUUUUUGAACCCUUUCCAAGCCAUAUGCUAUGCAAACUUAUAUUUUCGUGCCUUUUGGUCGAUUCCAAUAAUUAUCUAUGCCUUCCUCCCUCAGUUAGCGCUCUUAAACUCUGUCCCGCUAUUCCCAAAGGUUUUAGACCCCUGGUGUUUAUUAUACAUAUUCCUUUUCCUUGGAGCAUAUGGGAAUGAAUAUGUAGAUUACGUGGCGGCUGGAUCAGACUUCAAGAAAUGGUGGAAUAGCCAAAGAAUGUGGUUGAUAAUGGGGAGCUCAAGUUGGGCAUGUGCGAUAUUCAGUUGGUUGCUCACAUAUCUUAACAUGUCGGCACUAGAUUUCAAUGUGACGAGCAAGGUGUCAGAUAUUGAGAAAAAGGAACGUUACGAGAAAGGGAUUUUUGAAUUUGGAGUGGAGUUGCCAUUGUUACUACCAAUAAAUGUAGCAGCGAUCAUCAAUUUAUUCGCCUUUCUGAUAGGGAUUAAGCAAGUUUUGAUGAAUAAUAGGAGGCUUGAAGAAAUGUUUGUGCAGUUGUUCAUAGCGGGAUUUGUUGUUGUGAAUAGUUGGCCAAUAUAUGAAGGCAUGGUGUUGAGGAGUGACAAAGGAAGGAUGCCUACAAAGAUUACCUUGCAAUCCUUUUCUAUUGCUUUGGUUAUUUAUUUGGUGUUCCGUUUGUCAUUUUAAAUACAUAUAGGUUGUAUAUGUAUGUCUUGUACCCACUCUAGAUCGAGUUGUAAUUUUCUAGAAACAUUGCACUUUUUGCUAAAUAGGGUAAAAGAAUGCACUAAAAGAAUUAAUGCCAUCUUUGAUAAGUUUGGGCUUGUUUAAGCCUAUACAUGGAUAUUUUAAGUUUGAAAACUUUUGUAUCAUUAA